AUGAGCGACAACUUCCAGAAGCUUCAGGCGCUCCACCGUGCCCGCCAAGACAAGGCGAAAUCCAGGAUGGCGGCGGUGGACAAGGCGGAGGCAGAUUUUGAGGAGCGCGUCACUCAGAUGCAAGUCUGGUUUGGCGAGGCCCGGGACGAAUUGAGGGCUGCCCAGGGUGAGCUGGAGGAGAGCAAGCGAGAGCUCAUCCUGAAGCAGGCUGAUAUCGAGAAGGCCCGGGAGGUGGCGAAGGACCAGGCCACCAAGGUUGAAGCCGCUCGGCAGCAGCAGCAGGCCCUGCUAGAUUCCCAGGAGGAGGACGUCGUUGCUCGCGAGCAGGAGCUCACCGCCAUGCUCCAUGGCAAGGACGAGGAAAUCGAGAAGAUCGUUGUGCAGCGGACCCAGGAGCUGGAGCAGAAGCACAAGGAUGCACUCAAUGCUCUGGCCCUCGGCAAGGUGAAGGAGAUGGAGCUGGAGCGGGAUGGGCUGAACAAGGAGGUCUUGGAGCUGAUGGAGGGGAGGGACACGGCCAACCACGCUUUGGCGGAUGCGCGGGCCGCGGUCUCCGACAAGGCCAAGCUGCUCUCCGAGGCCAAUGACUCCACUAACGAUCUGAAGCUAAAGGUGGACGGCUUGGAGGGGACGCUCUCAGAGGUCAGGGCCCGGGAAGGGACCCUGACCAAGGCCCUCGAGACCGAAAAGCGGCUGUGGAGUGAUAACGCCACCGCCCACAAGGAGUAUGUGGGCAGCGUCAAUCUCUGGAUCAGCCGUCUCGUUGACGUUGCAGGGAGGCUCACCGCGCAGCUAGCCGCCAUGGGCCUGCCGGAUGUCAGGUACUCCCAAGAGCCGAAUGUGAGCCCCAAUGCCAGGCUGACCUUGUUCUUCGAGGGCGUCCUCGAAGCCCUGGAGCGUCUCCGCUCCAACCAAGCAGUUUAUCUGGCCAAUGAGUCCCGGAGGCUCUGCCAGUGCGCCCUGACCAAGGUGCUCACCAAGGUGGCAUUCUGGAACCCCAGCAUCGACUUCGCCGACGCGCUGGAGAUCUUGCCGGAGGAUGCGGACCUCACGGCGCUCGAGGAGCAUAUUGAGCCCAUCAUCAGCUGCAACCGCAACAAUUAUUGA